AUGCGCGUGGUUCUGUGGCUGGCAUCCUUUACCGCGGCGUGCGCAUUCGCGACCGUAGAUCUCGGAUACACUUUACAAACUUCUACAGUAGUAAAUGCUAUUGAUGGAUUUGCAUACUUGAAUUUCUCCAACAUUCGCUAUGCUGCGGCGCCAACAGGCGCGCAACGCUUUCAGCUCCCGCAGCCCCCUCAAGUCGACCGGUCGGUUCAAAAUGGGCUACUGGAUGUGAUAUGUCCUCAGGCUCAGCCAGGCUGGAUGAACAUAGCCAUAGAUGUGUUGAGUGGCGAGACAAUCACUGAGACGGAUUGGGGAAACUUUACUGUCUCUGACAUUUCCCCGGUUGAUCCUCGUACCUCUGAAGACUGCUUGUUUCUCGACCUCUUGGUACCGGAGACCACUUUCAGCAACAAAGACCCAGAAAAUAGAUCUCCGGUUCUCUUGUUCAUUCACGGCGGCGGGUUUGUGCAAGGUUCCAAGGCAGCAUAUGGGUAUGGAGACGGAUUGCUGGAAAGCGAUUUCUUGAAGAAUCACCGCGACAUCAUCUAUAUCUCUAUCAACUAUCGACUUGGAUUAUUUGGUUGGCUUGCAGGCUCGGAAGACGUUACUCCAAAUCUCGGGUUGUUCGACCAACGUUUUGCGCUACAGUGGGUACAGCAGUAUAUCCAUCUAUUCGGUGGUGACCCUGAUAAUGUCACCAUCAUGGGUGAAUCCGCCGGAGGUGGCUCUAUUAUGAAUCAUAUCACUGCCUACGGUGGCGAAGAUCCCGAGAAGCUCUUCAGCAAGACCAUUGCCCAGAGUCCCUAUUCGGUUUAUACGCCGAACGUCACUCAAGAGGAACUCUUCCAGUCAGUCAUCAGCACUGCAAACGUGAGUUCUGUCAAUGCACUUCGCGAACUAUCAUCUGAAUCACUUCAAAUGGUGAACGCCUUGGUGGUCGGUAACACUCGACCUUACGGGACCUUUGCCUUCGGCCCGGUGGUUGACGGCUCAUUCGUGAUCGACUUACCUUCUAGAUUAUUGGCAGAUGGGAAAUUCACCACUGCGGUGAAAAUGAUGACCGGCCAUAACUCCGACGAGGGAGUUCUCUUCGCUUCCCCUUACAUCAAGACAAACCACGACUAUGAGAGCUACGUCAAAGCUCUCUUUCAACAACUUUCACCCGCGCAGAUUUACACAGUGAGCGAGCAGCUUUAUCCGGCUCAAUUCGAUGGCUCACUCGGGUAUACGAACCAAUUCGAUCGAGUUAGCCUGACUCUAGCAGAGGCGACAAUUGUCUGUAAUGCGCGAUACUUAGAUGACGCAUUCAACGAUAGCUACGCAUACGAGUUUGCAGUCCCUCCGGCUAUCCAUUCUGCCGACCUUUCCUACACAUUCUACGACUCGAUGUCCGGAGGCGGGCUCAACGUGUCGCUGGCAGAGCUGAUGCAGGCAUAUUUCACUGAAUUCUCUACUACGGGUUCGCCUGACGGGCCAGGCCUGCCAGCGUUUCCAACGGAUGCCGACUGGACCGUGCAAGAUUUCAACACAACAGACUUUGGUCCUAUGAAAGAUCCGGCGUCAGCGAGAAGAUGCGCCUGGUGGCAAUUGGCGUUGAAUGGUUGA